CUUCCGGGUGGCGGAGGCGGCGUGAGGGGCCAUGGCGCCGCGGCGCGGGCGGCAGAAGAGGGCAGCGGGAGGCGACCCCGCCGCGCCCCCCAGCCCGCCUUCCUCCGAGGACGAAGCCCCGGAGGAGGUGUCCUUCGGCGUCGCCAGGGCCGCGGCCGAGACCGAGCGGAAGAUCGCGGGGGAGGCGGCACGCAGGCACCGGGAGCUGCUGAAGGAGAAGCGGCGGCGGCGAGAGGAGCUGUUCAAGGAGCAGAAGAGAAAGAAGCUACUCCCUGAGGCCGUGCUGCAGGAGCUGGCCGCCGCGCCACCCGGCCGACAAAAUGAGGUGACUCACGCAGCUGACAAAGAUGAACACCCUGAAGAUCAUGGGUCUGAAAAGCAGAGUAAAGGACAUGUUCCAGGACAGCUCAAAAAAGACAAACCAAGGGGUACCAGGUCAAAAGGAAACUAUAUAGCUGUGCACUUAAAAGAUCAGAGUUUAACAGGUCUCCACCAACAGACAGCCAAAGACUUCUUACACACUCAUCUCUAUGGACCAGGUACUAACCGAACGCAUGCAAAUGAGUUUUUCUCCCUUGAAAACAAGAAAAACCCAGUUAAAAAAGCUGCAGUUCAGUUUGUGGACAAAUCUUGGGGGCUAGAAGAAAAGCAAAAAGCAACAAAGUUUAAGAAAUGCUGGCUGGCAGCAAAGAUGAAAAGUCUGGUGUGAAGACAGCCUUUUCAGAAGGUGCCAUCAAGGACUUGGUCUGAAAGUUAUACAACAGAAUUGUUCCCCCCCCCCCUUCAUCCUCUACAACUCUCCUCUGUAGCUUUCAGCUGCAGACAUCACUGAACCGGAAGAUACAGACCUUCACUGAGCUGUGCCCAAGUUGACUUCAGUGUUCUCUGCCCUCCUACUUUGAGAAGUUGCUGGGAUCGCUAACAAACAGCGGGGCUUUGGCAGUGAUUGCAUAGCCUUAACACUGGUCUUGUAUAACGCCUGCUGUUCUAAAUCAGCGUGAUAGAGCUGGCUGCUAUUGCGGGCAGAGAAUAAAGACGAAUGAUUUUGUACAUGCGCUUUA